UCUGAUCGUCCAGAUUCCUGGAAAUCGAUCAAGGGUCUAGAACGUUUAAACGUCUCCGCCCUUCUCCUCCCAGUCCCGCAAGUCACGUCACAAACAGGGGUCUCUUCAUGGCACGAUAUUCCCAGAGGAACCUGCAAGUCAACAAAUUCCAUCCCAUCCUAAUCCAACAUCUUCAUCUUGAGCCGAAUGCGAACAACUCCGGACCAUACGGAGUACAUACCUACCUGCCGUCUGAACCUGCUGAAUCGUGUCCCCCCUUCUGUCAAAUUCAACUCCAGCACGUGGACUGUUGAGGACAAGUGCGGUUACGAGGCUACGGCCAGCGCCCAAAGAAAAAAGGCAAAGCCAAGCUCCAACACACCUCCGCUGAGCCAAGCCUUGUGGGGAGCUGUCGCAAAAGCGCUCGACACCCAGUCAUCGCCCAAAACGCCAUAGCCUUGCUGCAAAAAUCGUACGUUUGUCUGAGAGGAGUCUGUUGGUGUCAAGCAUUUGCGGUUUCAACAGGGCACAUCGGCAGCACCGACUACGGAACCGCUGUUCCAGCUGCUGCGCUAUUGAACUUUGGACCAUCACAAACCUCACGGCCACUUUUCGGUGGAUAUCGCGGCAUCGGCCUUUGUUUCUUUUUUACCAAAACUCACUCACUCUACAAUUUCCUGAUAUCAAUACCGAACAUGGCGUCGCCGAACUCCCCACCCGAGAACGGUGCCUCCGAGACGGAGCCGCCUCGGAAUGAGAAUUCGUCAUCUUCGUCGUCGUCGUCGCCGCUCCCCUCAGCGUCGGUUGGUGAGAACUUGGCGCAGGAAUUUGUCCACAUCCCCCCUUUACAUCCGAAAAGCUUCGGCACUCCAGUUCAAUUCCUGGCCACGAGGGAGGAAGAGAAACCACAGUUCAAGGACGACGAGAUCAGUCUUUACUAUGGCAUAUCGCCCGAUCUGGACGGUGGCCCCGCAGAGCACAGAUCGGGCGAGCAGACUGCCACGGCGUUGGAGAACGACCUGACCAAGUUAGAGAGCAAGUUGGAUGAGAUUUUGGCCUCGUUGGGGGUCGACAUUGACGACCUGGAGGAGGGGGAGGACUCCACCAAUGCCGACAAGAAGAGCAACGGGGAGGUCGACGGCAAGAAGUGA